CGAGAGGCGCGUGGAUCUUGCAAGUUUAGGAGGCACGUUCUUCCUUCAAGUUCUCAAGUUGGAUGGGAAGACUCAGAAGUGUCUUCUGUAUCUGUGACAGACUGUGGAGUCCGAAUUAAAGCGACGGACCACGGAGACAGGCAAAGCCUCUAGGGGGCCAUGUCUGGUGGCAGCAGUGCUAACAACAGCUGGACCAUCCUCACUCCUGAGGAGACCGCCGCUGAAACCCUGAGGCCUUUGGCAGAGGGGACGGAGCAUCAUGAAGAAAGCCUUACAUCUGCAGCAGGUUCUGGGGAGAACCAGCCUGCAAGUGGUGCAGAGUCUGCAGAGGGGCUCCCUGUGGAGGGCCACCAGGUAUCAGAAGAAAAAACAGCAGAGCUAAGCGGAGACACAAGCACAGGGCAACACGCCUCUGUGCCCAGUGCCAUCACUGAUGCCCCUGUUCCGACCACUUUGGAAGUGUGCGGCAGCUUUGUCCCUGGCACUGAUGCACUCAGCCAGUCACACGGCCUACCUGAGGGCCCGGCACAGCCCAGCCCUGACCCCGAUUCAUUUUCUGACUCCUACACCCACAUAACCCCCUCCCCUGAUGAGCCCCCAGCCUCACUGCUGAGCACAGAGACUCUGGGAGGGGUGGAGUUCACAGAAGAAGAAGAGGGGCUCACACAGGAAGGAAAACUUCACCCGCUGCAUGAGGAGGAGCUACAACAGGAAGUGGAGGAGUCAGACCUGUCUCAGAGGACGACUGACGUAGGGAAACAGGCAGUGUACUUGGUGGACCAGCUGGUAAUGGAAUUGUUCUGUAUCUGGGCCAGGAGGUUGUCUGGAGAGGCUGUGGUUGACUCCCCUGUGGAUUUAGAGGUGGGUGAAGAGAGGACUGAGAAGACGGGAGAGGAGGGAGAGCCAGAGGUGAGGAGAAGGAGGUCUCUCUUAGCCGCUCUGGAGCGUAUCGGAAGGACAGACGAGGAAGAGGAAGGAGAGGAAGAGUUUCAGCUGCCACAGCGGGAGGACGACAGCGGGUUCUCUGUGAACAAGUGCAUCCUGGGUGCUGUCAUUCUGUUAGGCCUCGGCACCAUCUUUUUCUCAGGUGUCUUCAUGGACCUGAAUGAGGAGAGUGACUAUGGUACGAUGGAAGUGCAAGACGCAGAGUUACCAAUAAAACAGGAGUGGCUUAAUCCAGACGUUCCUCCACCCCCAGUAGAUGCUGAUAGUACAGAGCUUCUAAAUAAGUUAGUCAAAGGGAACCAGCAGAUUUCUGUGCUACAAGCCCAACUUCAGGCACAGAAAGAAGAGCUAAAAGUAGCCGAGGGACAGGCAGCAGAGGGAGCAAAGGAGCGGCUGCAGUGGGAGGAGGUGGAGAAGGAAAACAGUAGGUUGAAGAAAGAGGUGGCAUCUCUCCCUGUCCUUCAGAAAGAGAACGAGAGGAUGAAGAGAGAGCUGGAGUCUGUCCCGGCCCUACAGAAAGAACUAGAAACACUGAGAGCCACUGUGACUGAAUUAAAACUCACCUCAGCAGCCAGUGAAGCAGCUCAAGCACCUGUGAAGCCCACUACGUUGCCCCCCAGUGGCCAGCCGGAGGACAGCACACAGGCCACAGCUGGAUCUGCAGAGAGACAGCCUUGGAAGCCUGAGCAUAAGGAGAAAAAGAAAGAUGUGAAGAUGGAUAAAAAGGACAUGGGAGAGAAGAAAGAGGGCAAAGUGAGAGACAAAUCUGAAUGGAAGGAAGGAGAGAAAAAGGAGCGCAAGGAUGAAGGCAAAACAGAAUGGAAAAAGGGAAAGCUUGACAAGGAGAAAGAUAAGGAAGGUAAGCAAAAGAAGCACAGUGAUGAGACAAAACAAUGGAAAGAGAAGGAGUGGAAGAAAGAAAAGGCAAGCAGAGGUGACGAAGGAAAGCCAUGGAAGGAAAGGGAAGGAAAGAAAGAAUGGAUAGAAAAGAGUGAAAGAAAAGAAUUGAAGGAGGAGAAAAGCUGGAAAAAGGCAAAGCAUGAGAAAGUGAAUGAGGGUAAACAAUGGAGGGGUAAGGAGGAGAAGAAGGAUUGGAAGGUAGGAAAAGACCACGGAGAAAAGCAUGUGGGUAGGGAAUGGAAGGGAGAGAGAGAAUGGAAGAAAGGAAAAGAUGGCAAUCAGGAAAGUGGCAAAGAGAAAUGGGAGAAAAAAGAUUGGAAAGAGAAAGGUGAAAAGAAAGAGUGGAAGAAAGACCAUGAAUGGAAGAGUAAAAAUGGCAAAGAUCAUGGUAAAGAAGGGAAAGGAAAGGGUGAAAAGAAACAGCGGGAAGAGAGCGAAAAUCAUGGCAAAGACAGGAAGGGGAAGGAUGAGAGGAAACCAGGGAAAGAAAACGAGUGGAAGAGUAAAAAUGGUAAAGAUGAUAAGGAGUGGAAGAACAUGGCUGAGAGGAAACAGUGGGAAAAGAAAGAAGGAGGACAGAAAGAAAAAAAACUCAAUGGCGAUUGGAACAAAGACCGAUCAAGCUCCCCGAAACGCAAAGACGAGGACAAAUUUACCGGUAAUCACGAACACAAGCAAGAGCAUCUGUGGGGAGACAAGAAGCCUCCUCACACACACCGCCGACCCUCCAUGGAGCAGCCUGAGUACUGGGUCCAGCAGCGGGAACGCCUCCAGCACAACCCCAAACCACCACAACACUGUAACUCAUUGGAGACCUGUGCCAAGGCUGAGGGUCUUCUCCCUGUCCCCUUCCCUGAGUUCGAGGCCGUCCUCCAAACGUACCUAGCCAAGGCAGAGGAGGUGGGGGUGGAGGCAUCCAAAACAGAAGAGCUCAAAAAGCUAGCCAACGAGUUCUUCAAGGACGAAGUCUUCGUUCACGACCAGAUGAGCUUUCAAGAUUUCGCCGAAGAUUUGGGAGAUGUUUUGGAAGACAUGGUGGAAGGAGAUAGCGAUGACGAAGAGGAGGAUAGCGAUGACGAAGAGGAGGAUAGCGCCUUAGAAGAAGAAAUGGAAGGGUUUGAAAAAGAUGUCAUGAAAAGGUUUUCACUGCCUGGAGCCAGAGAGAAAGAGGAGAGAUCCAAAGGGGAGUGGAGGAAGGAGAGCGGACGGGCACGGGGCUGAUGAAGCGAUAGAACUGAUGGAUCUGUUCAAAGUAGCUAAGAGCUGUCAUGACGGAUGAGGGCUUAUUCAAAGAGAACAUUUUAUAAUGGACCACAAAUGCUUACAAGUAUACACAGUAUGUCACCCUGUUAUCCUUUUUACAGGAGCUUCUUUUACCCCUUCCGCCUGCAAGUUCAACUUAUGAUUUAAUUUCACUGUGGUGGGUCGUUUUUCCUGUUAGAUUGAGUUGGAUGGUACCCUGCUUUGACUCUCAUCCAGGAAUAGAUGCUGUAUAGUCUUAUUCACACACUACACCUCUUCCUCUGCAAACAGCACUGUGCACUGUUGACGCCUACCUAUUCACUGAUCAGGACUGUUUCUGCAGUACUCAAUCUUUAUGUAUUAACUGCUUCAGUCUCUUAAUGUCGGAUUAGCUUUAGAUAAAACACAAGUUUUUCUAAAAGGUGAAGUGAAAAAAAGUUUAGUGAAUAUUUUAUGUGAAAUUAGACUGCAUUGACUUUGUUUUGAAUGUUUGUACAUAUUGCAUCAGAUGUGUUUAAGAACUAUGCAGAAAUGCAGAAAUAUAUAAUUAACUUAUUUUAUAGAGGUUGGCAUAAUAUAAAUAAACAAACAGUUGGCACAUAAAAUACCGACAUGUUGAGCAUGUGUGUUUCUUUUCGGGUACAGAACUCAUGUUGUGCACUAAAAUGUCCUUAAUUAUUGUUUUAUCGUGAAUGUAGCAAUUGCUUUUUAUUGAUUAGGUUGGUCAUGGGAAUUAGUUUCCAAAAACAAUGUGUUUUCUUUCUUUCCUGUUUACACGCUAACUUAUAAAAUGUUGCUGAUUCAAGGGCCUUCAGCCACACAGAGAUUGUAUUUUAUUGGGUGUCAAUGCAGAACCACAUACUGUGUGGCAGCAUAGAGAGCUUUGUAUGGAUAGGAUGUUCAUGUUUGCCACUAUUACUGUCAUGAGAACAGAAUAAUAAAUUGGGUGCAUCCCUGUGAUAAAA